AUGGCAAACAAUAAAGUUAUUUUCGGUGUCUUGUGUUUGGUCACACUGACCGCGGCUCUGCCCGCUGAGGAGACGCGCGGCCAUGCCCGCAACGCCAUCGGCGGCGAGAACGACAUUAUGGAUAGCAUCUAUAGCGACUGUCUGCGCAAGGAUUCCGUCUCGUGUGUCAAAUACAAGUUGUUCAACUUUGUUGACAAGGUGCUCGGUGCCCGCGACCAGUUCGCCCUCACUGAGGGUGUGACUGUGGUCCGCUCGUCCGAUGCCCCAGUGCAGGAGGCCGCUCGCUCCAUCUCGGGUGAUGAGUCAUUCGAAUCGUUGGCCCUUAACCGCAUCAGCAGCUUCCUUAACUCGCAUACCAUCAAGGUCGAACUGAAGGGUGCCGAUAUUGUUCAAGCUGUUAGCUCUACCGGACGUGCCCUCGAAGAUGCUUCCGAGUCGCUGUUCGGCAGCAACGACCCCAACGCCCCAGAGGAGAGCCGUGGCAAGAAGAAGAAGGCCGCCAAAAUCCUGGGACCCAUUCUGGCUUUGGUUGCCCUGAAGGCUGCCGCUUUGUUGCCCCUGCUGCUCGGUGCCAUCGCUUUGAUUGCCGGCAAGGCUCUGUUGAUCGGUAAGAUUGCCCUCGUCCUCUCCGCCGUGAUUGGCCUGAAGAAGCUGCUGUCACAGGAGAAACAUGUCACCUAUGAGGUGGUUGCCCAUCCCCAUCACAGCAGCAGCCAUUCGACCAGCCAUGACUCUUAUGGCAGCGGUUACAGCGCCGAUGCGGGUGCAUCUUCCGCUUCAUACGGCAGCAGCGGUCAUGGUGGUUGGGGACGUUCCAUCGAUGCCCAGGAUUUGGCCUAUGGUGCCCAGAAACCUCAGGCUUAA